UGUAAACAAAGGCAACUGUCAGUCGCAAAAAUUCACAAAAGGGUUUGUUUGGUGUGCAACGGAUUUUCCCCUGCUCAAUGUGUGUUUUCUCGCUUUUGGCCGGUACCUCACAAGAAUGUCCGCCGUUCGGAGCUGUGCCCUGUGCCAAAACCGGUCCAACAUCACUGACCAGGAAACGGACGAUGCGCUGGAGCGCAUCACCUAUCACAAGUUUCCCACCAAUCCGGCACGGCGCGAUCGAUGGAUAGAGUUCUGCGACCUGCCCAAGGAAAGCUUUCCCAAAUCGGCCUACAAAUUCCUGUGCAGCAGCCACUUCACCCCGGAGUGUUUCGAGCGUGAUCUGCGCGGUGAGCUGCUGUACGGAACGAAGCGAAUGACGCUGCAAAAGGACGCCAUGCCAACGAUCCGCUCGGUAAGCCAGCAGCUGAAACGGACCACGAAUGCAGCCUCUACCGAAGAGGAGGAUCGAAAGAAGCGCAAGCAGGAGGUGGAUGAACUGUUGAGCGGUGAAGUGGCCGCAUCGGAACCGAUCGUGAACCCAUUUCGAAAGCACGUGUGCGAGCGAAUGAUGGGACGGGAGCGGACGGAUGGCUCGGUGAAGCCGCUACACAUCAUACCGCCCAUGAGCGAGGAGGAGCUGGUGCAGCGGAUUGUGGAGCUGGAGCAGGAAACGCGCUGGCAGCGGGAAGAAAUCGGCCGGCUGCGUGCCACGAUCGACGGCAAGACGGAAAAGAUUAACUUUGCCAAGGCGGAACUGGUGAACGUGGCCAUCUUGCUGCAGGAGCUGAAGGAACACACGAACCGGCACGUGGAGGACCGCAUUGCGGAGCUUUUGGCCGGUCGGUUCGGUGAAGGGCAGUUGGCAUCGAUUCUGGCCGGGCUGCCGGAACAAACGGCGGCGCAAGUGCUGUGGACAGAAGAUGAGCUAGCGAAAGCGCUCCAACUCCGCUGCAUCAGCAUGGAAGCGUUCGCGUACGUACGCCAACAGUUGCGCUAUCCACUGCCGGACGCGCCACAGCUCGCUCGGUGGAUACAUUCCGUUUAUCUGGAAACGGGUCACAGUGCAGCGGCAUUCCGGUUGCUGGAGCUGCACAAAUCAGCGCUUAAAAAGGUCGAACUUGUCUGCACGCUGAGCCUGAUCCGCACCAACGCACCCGUCCGGUACCGGUACGAUGGCACGCGCGAUCAAAUCGUUGGUCCCAACGCGCAACUUCAUUGCCUCACCGUGCAGGGAGUGUUUGCCCGCUGGCAGCAGAUUGUGCACACUGAUUUUGAUCUCAUUCUAAGCCGGGAAAGGGUAGAAAAAACCAUCACCGAGCUGCAUAACAUCGGUUACCACGUGGUUGCCAUCACGACUGACUGUGACGCGGCGAUUGUGCGCACAUGGGACGCAUUGAACGUAAGCGCCGAUCAGCACUACAUACGCCAUCCGGUAACGGAUGAUGCGGUCUAUCUGUACACCUGCCCCGCCCGAACGUUGGCCACCAUCCAUCGCAUACUGAUCGAAGAUGGGUUCGUGAUGCAGGAGAACAAUCUGGCGAUCACGAAAGCGACGCUGCUGUCGGUCCUUUCCGACAGCAGUACCAUUUAUCAGCGAUACCUAAGCGACGGAGCUCUUCUGGAGCUCGAGAACAAUCCCGAUCUUGCGCGGGAAUUUAUCUCUCUCAAAACAACAACCGCACUAAGGCUGCUCGCUCACACCGACGAUGACGAGGAAGGUCUCCUGUCCACAGUGACGACCCUGUUCGAUCUUUUCGUCGAUUGGUGCGACCUGUGCAUGACUACCAACGGCCAAAAUUUCACUCCCAAGCAGCACCUGAUUACCGAACUACCGUACGGGGUGUGCGAAGACGAGCAGAACAUCGUGCUGGAUGGGAUGUACGAUGUGAUGGAAAGUAUACGGUGCGUGAAUGGCGACUACGAGUUCCUCCCGCAGGCCGUUCUUCUUUCCAUCAACUCGAUGCGCAAGUUGCUGCCCGAUCUGAGAGCGUACUAUCCCGGGGAAGUUAAAGGAUUGCCGAUGCUACCGUUGAGCACAAUGCCGAUGAAUGGCACGAUCUGCAAACUGAAGGAAAGCAUCCAACGACACGCUCCAACAUUCCGUCCACUCUCUGUAAAUGACGUUCUAUUUCAACUCUGCAAAACGUGCUCCCUCGGAUCAGUGGAGGGAUAUCCACACGUAACGAACUUACACUUGCAACAAGGGAAUCUUUUGGGGGAAAUUCCCAUGGAAAGUCUUCGCCGAUCGGAUGAUCCAUCGGACCCGGAGCUAGAUGCUGUAACCGACGCUAAUGCUUGUGAUUAUUUGACUCACAUGAUAGUGGCUCGAUUGGGCCAAAAGUAUGACUAUCUCGGAGAAACCUCCUCGGUUAUUGAGCGUACAGGCGGACAGUACGUCGUGAAGCCAAUGGGUGAUGCUUUUGGCUGUGUGAAACCCUCCGCCCUUUGGAGAGAGCAGGCGAAACAGCUUGAAUCUUACGUGUGCGGCAUGAUGCACGAGCAAAAGGACAGAUUGGCGGAAAGUAUUGUCGAUUCCAUUCUCGCCCGUCAUCCCCGCAUGGGACGCGAUCUGCUGGAGCUGUACGUUAGCACACGAAUUGCCAUUAGGAUACGGACGCUGAAUCGUCAGCUAGACGAAACAACUAACGUGGACCGCCAACCUUUCAGCUAGCAAAUAAAGCCGCUUCUUACCGGUGUGGAUUUUGGAUGUA